AUGAGGAAAGAUGCGCAUGACCUCAUUAAAAGAUGCCACACAUGCCAAAUUCAUGCCAAUCUGAGUCACAAGCCUCCCAUGUUGUUACAAGACAUGCGCACUCCUUGGCCUUUUCAUACUUGGGGGCUUGACUUAAUUGGGAUGAUCCAUCCUCCUUCUAAAGGAUACAUAUGGAUUCUCACUGCCACAGAGUAUUUCACAAAGUGGGUUGAGGCAAUCCCUCUUCGAAAGGCCACGGGAGCUACUAUCUCGAAUUUUAUUCGAGAAUACAUCGUGUGCAGGUUUGGAAUCCCAUACAAAAUGGUUACUGACAAUGGCAUGCCUUUUGUUAACAAACAAGUGAGCUCGACACUUAGCGGCUACGGUAUCAGGCAGCCUCGCUCCACACCUUAUUACCCACAGGGAAAUGGUCAGGCAGAGGCUACAAACAAAACCGUACUGAGGAUUUUGAGCAAAAUGGUAUACAAAUAUGAAGGCGGUUGGAGUGUCCACCUGUCGGAUGCCUUGUGGGCUUACCGCACCUCUCCAAGAAGUGCUACAGGUUUUUCACCUUACUUGCUCGUGUAUGGGUCUAAUGCCAUCUCACCCGUGGAAAUCUCCAUUCCCACGGCUAGAGUAUCGGUUGUCAAUGAUCUUGAAUGGGAUGUGAAGUCAUGCUCGGACUAG